GCGGGGCAGGGGGGGAUUUGUUACACACAGGCCUUAUGAGGAUAAGCCAUCCUUAGUAGUAUGUAUCAUCCUUGGUUUGUUAUGACAAGGGGAAAUAUUUGUGAGGUUAUGUUGGCAAUGUUGCCAAAACAAUUCACUUUAUCAAAUAAGAAAAAAUUGUUCUUUUAUUAUGGGGAAAAUGAAUUUUAGAUUCAAUUUGAGGCCCUUUUACGCUUAUGAGGCUCAAUUUUAAUUCAAAUACCUCUGAAAUUAAGCAAAUUGAUAAAUAAAAAUCAUGUAAUGCAAUGUUGCCAACAUCCGUCAACCAACCAACAAGUAAACAACAUAACCUCAAAUUUAAAAUUUUGUUGUUUACCUUGUUUACAAAAUAAUUAUUUAUUUUAGAAAUAAAUUGUUUAAUUGGGACUGAUAUAAUGUCGAAACGUAAAUACGAAAGUCAAUUUUCGCAGCCCCAAAAUAAACGCGUCUCUGUGAACGCCACUGAUGGGAAAAAACACACUUUGGACAGUGACGAAGAGGAUUUCGUAGACGAGGACAAUGUUUUGGAUGAAAACGACAUUGAAGGCGAAGAAGAUGGCUUCGCUCGUCAAGAUGGCGAACAAAAAAUGACCGCGUUCAACAUGCGCGAAGAACUAGAAGAAGGCCAUUUCGACCGCGACGGCCACUUUAUUUGGGACAACGAAAAAGAAGUGCGAGAUAAUUGGCUGGACAACAUUGACUGGCAAAGAAUCCAGCCUGGAAGUUCGAAAAAAUAUGCAGUAGAAUCAUCUACUACAACCGGAGCUGACUCCUCUUCAUCUGACAGUGAAACUGAAGCUGAUUUUUCCGAAUUUGAUACCUACAAGCAAAUUAUAGCUUAUUUGAAACCGAAAGAGUCUAUUAAUAAGGCUUUGAAAAGAUUAGGCGGGGCUGAUAUUAAAUUGUCCAGUGUAGAACGAUUGCGCAGAAAGAAAGCUGGCACUCUUAAGGUUUCAGAAGAUGUUACUAAAUUAACUGAAUUGGCCAAUCAGAUUCUUACCAGAUUAGGCAACAUGGAUGUCUACCAAGAAACCUUUGAACAAAUCCAAUCAAAACUUGACUCCAAAAAGAGCAAUACAAUAAAAGAACCUGAACUGGACAUGUACUCGGACGAUUUCGACAUCAAAGAAAAAUCCAAGUUGACUGAAGAUCCUUCAACAUCUAGUGACCAAGUCUUUAAGGCACCUCUUCCAGCUGAACUCAAAUGGGAAUUCAAAUGGUCAAAUGAUGAUGAAAAAAUUCAAGGGCCUUUUAAUAACGCACAAAUGGUCAAGUGGCAACAUGAGGAUUAUUUUAAGGGAGCUGUUAUGGUCAGGAAGUGUGGAGAAAAGUCGAAUUUUUAUUCUUUGAACAGAAUUGAUUUUGAGUUGUAUGAAUAAAUAAAAUAUGCGAGUUGAUGUUUUCUUUUUUAAAAUAUCUAUACAUGUAUGCCUUUUGGUUUGAAAAAUGCUCCUGCUAUAUUCCAAAUAGAAAUCAAAAUGUAGUCAAUAAGCAAUUAUAAUAUUUAUUAUUUGUAUUUGCAACAAUUUAAGUUGAUAAAGCAGAUAAAACCUUCAUAGCACCUCCCAGCAUACCGCUACCUCUUGUCAUCGUGGUCAUCAAAUUAUCCAUGAAAUUUCCGUUGUUUUUAACUUUGGGAAACAGCUUCAAGUAAACCUUAUGUACAACGCCGACGAGUUUUCCAACAACUGGCAAACCCAGCUUCAAUAUAAAGGGCAAAUUUAAGGUUUGCAGCAAAUCGAUGCUGUCCAGCAAAGCGCCUGGAUAAUCUCCAUGAAGUAAAUCGCCCGGGAUUUGAUUCAGGUCUUUUAUUUGGUGAACCAUAUGCUGAACAGGAGCUAUAUGGAAAUUGGAAAAUAUUUAAAAUGCUGACUUUUAUAUAAUACUUACAUUCAGUAGUUUUGGGAAGCUUGGUUUUGUCUAUUUUUUGGACUGUUUUAGUUGGAGCUGAUUGGACAUGAUUCAGCAUCAUGAUCAAUAGAAGGACAUUUAAUUUUUUGUUCAUUAUUGAAGCUUUAUUGUUGCAAAAAAAAAAUAUUAUUAUGGUUUUUUUGUUAAUGGGAAAUAUACCUUUACGUAUAUGCAUAUAGAGAUAAAUGGUAAUUAUAAUGCUUUUAUCGGUAGGUCAAUUAAAUACAUUUUCAUAUAUACAGAGUGAGCCCAGUAAACACUAGCUAUGGUAGAAAUUUAGGUAACGAUUUACAUAUUUAAUAUUUGGGUGAACAUAACAUAUACACAAUCACAAACCUUCAGUUCACAUAAACUUGACAUGAAAUGACUUGAUUGUAGAAAAAUAGUCUCAAAUUUAUAUAAACUUCAUGUAAAUGACACAUGUGACUUACGAGGGGUGUACACGAGAGAGCGUUUUUAAAAAACUUUAUUUGACUAAUACAAUAGAACUGACUUAAAUCUAGAAAUUACUCCUUUUAUAAUAUAAAAAAUAAGCUGAAUAGAACAAUAUAAAUGCUGAAUUGGAGUUCUCACGGGAUAUAACUUGUGCUUGUUAUGAGCACCUAUGGUAAAUGAAAUAUCCCAGUAAAAGGACAAGAAAACAUUAAAAAUAAAUCAUUUAAUCUUUUAUUUUUUUCUUUCUAUCUAUACAUUUAUAAUAUACAAUUUUAUAACAUUCAAAAAUCUUAUGUAAAGAUUACCUUAAAAUUUCCCAGAGAGUGUGUAUAGAGAGAUACAAAAAAAGAGAUAUGUAAAGCACCUAUAUUUUUAUACAGUCUUUAUUGUUUGUUGUAAUAAGUUAAAUUGGUCAUAUUAUAUGUAAGUAUUUAUAAAUAUUGGACCAAUUUACUAGUAGUCUGGGUCCACUUGUUUCUAUAUAAAGGGAAUUUCAAAAUAACCCAUAAGCACAAAAUUUUUGAUUGGGCUAAAAAUCGAAGCAACAACGAUUCAUUAAAAUAUAAGUUUUCUUUUUUAGGUAUUAUAGGUACCAUGGAAGGCAUAAUAAUUCAUUCCCAAAUACAAGGGAAGGAGAUUUUUUAAGGCAUAUUAUCAUUAUUAUAAAAACUAAUUAUAAAUUACAAAUCAUCACGCAAUUAAUUAAGUCUAUUGUAUAUGUACAACUAAACUAAAAUAAUAAUAAGGCAACUGUACACAAAUUUUGAAAUAAAUAAACUGAUUAUUAAUAAAUGACCACACUAAGACUAAGGAAAAGUUAUAAAAAAAUAUUACAAAAUAUAAUCUAAUAGCUGAAUUAAUUAGAAAUACCUACUACUGACACAUUAUAGAAUUGAUUGUUUAUGUAGGUAACUUAAUAAUUAAACAAUCUAUAUAUGGAUGCAAACAAUUUCCAAAAGAUUCAGUCUUUGAUUGUCUGAUGGACACUUAUGUACAAAGAAAAAUAAGUCACUAAACAUUAAAAAAAAAAAAAAAUACUUUGGUUUUCAGUAAUUAUAUGAAUUUCUUCCCAUUUUGGAAGCUAUCAAAGAAUAUACCACUAUGGAAAUUCAUUAUUGCCUCACAUGGAUGAAUAUUAAUGAAGCCAAAAGUACUAAAGAGGAACUGAUUGUUGAACUGCUAGAGAUUGAUU